AUGUCUCAAACACCAGUGUUCGUGAUGAAUACUGCGCCUGAACGGCAGUCUGGGCGAAAAGCCCAGAUCUCAAACAUCACGGCAGCGAAAACAGUCGCGGACGUCAUUCGAACGUGUUUGGGCCCCAAAGCUAUGCUGAAAAUGAUUUUGGACCCCAUGGGAGGUAUUCUACUAACAAACGACGGAAACGCGAUUCUCCGCGAGAUCGACGUGGCCCACCCAGCAGCGAAGAACAUGAUCGAGCUUAGCCGGACGCAGGACGAGGAGUGCGGCGACGGGACUACGAGUGUUAUCAUCCUCGCCGGCGAGAUCCUCGCGCAGUCACUCUCCCAACUUGAACGCGACAUCCACCCCGUGGUCAUCAUCUCCGCAUACAACAAGGCUCUCAAAGAGGCCCUUGAAAUCGUCAAGCGUAUUUCGAUACCCAUCGACGUCAACGACGAUGCGCAGAUGCUCUCGCUGAUCAAGACCUCCAUCGGGACCAAGUUCGUCAUGCGUUGGUCGGAGCUCAUGUGCAACCUCGCGCUUCAAGCAGUCCGAACCGUCUCGCAGGACGUUGAUGGUCUCAAGACGGUCGAUAUCAAGCGGUAUGCGAGGGUGGAAAAGAUCCCCGGAGGAGAGAUCGAGCAGAGCAAGGUGCUAAAGGGUGUCAUGCUGAACAAGGACAUCACGCACCCGAACAUGCGGAGGAGGAUUGAGAAGCCGAGGAUAGUGCUGUUGGACUGUCCUCUGGAGUACAAGAAGGGCGAGUCGCAGACGAACAUGGAGUUUUCGAAGGAGGCGGACUGGGCUAGGGCGCAGGAGAUCGAAGAGGAGCAGGUCAAGGAGUUAUGCUAUAAGAUACUGGAAUUCAAACCCGACCUCAUCAUCACCGAGAAGGGCAUCUCAGACCUAGCCCAACACGUCUUCACUCAGAACAACGUCUCCGCCAUUCGCCGCGUCCGGAAGUCGGACAACAACCGCAUCGCCCUCGCUGUCGGCGCGACCAUCGUCAACCGCAUCGAAGAUCUGAGAGAAGCAGAUGUUGGAACGGAAUGCGGACUGUUUUACAUCGAGAAGAUCGGUGAUGAAUACUUCACCUUCCUCACCGAAUGCACGUCUCCAAAAGCCUGCACCAUCCUUCUGCGCGGGCCCUCCAAGGACAUCCUCAACGAGAUCGACAGGAACCUCGCCGACGCCAUGUCCGUCGCCCGAAACGUCGUCUUUCACCCCUUCCUCUGCCCUGGGGGCGGUGCUACCGAGAUGGCCAUUUCUGUGGGCCUGCACGCGAAGGCGCGUGGGGGUGGGAGUACUGUAGCGCAGGUGCAUGGAGUGGAGGCGUGGCCAUUCAGGGCUGUGGCAGACGCGAUGGAGGUCAUUCCGCGGACGUUGGUACAGAAUGCGGGUGGGAAUGCGAUGAGGGAGUUGACAGAGCUGAGGGCCAAACACGCAAACGGCGAGUAUUCCUGGGGUGUAAAUGGAGACACAGGUCGUAUCGUCGACAUGAAGACCUAUGGCCUGUACGAAUCGGCCAGCGUCAAGAUACAGACGCUCAAAACAGCCAUUGAGGCCGCGCGUAUGUUGCUGCGCGUCGACGAUGUCGUCCAAGCCAUACGCCGCGAGAAGGAAGGGGGCGGAGGAGCGCCGGUGGGGAUGGGUGCCGGCGAAGGAGAGAUGGGCGGCGAGUGA